UUACUUUGACGAGAAGGGUCUGGUGCGGCAGCAGCUGGAUUCUUUCGAUGAGUUCAUCCAGAUGUCGGUUCAGAGGAUCGUUGAGGACGCUCCGCCCAUCGACCUGCAGGCUGAAGCCCAGCACACCUCAGGAGAGGUGGAGGAGCCGCCUCGUUACCUGCUCAAGUUUGAGCAGAUCUACCUGUCCAAGCCCACCCACUGGGAGAGAGACGGCGCGCCGUCACCCAUGAUGCCCAACGAGGCCAGACUACGAAACCUCACGUACUCGGCGCCGCUGUACGUGGACAUCACAAAGACGAUCAUAAAGGAGGGCGAGGACCAGCUGCAGACUCAGCACCAGAAGACCUUCAUCGGAAAAAUUCCCAUCAUGCUCCGCUCCACCUACUGUCUGCUGAGCGGCCUGACGGAUCGAGACCUGUGCGAGCUCAACGAGUGUCCGCUCGACCCCGGAGGUUAUUUCAUCAUCAACGGUUCCGAGAAGGUGCUGAUCGCUCAGGAGAAGAUGGCGACCAACACAGUGUACGUGUUUGCUAAGAAGGACUCGAAGUACGCGUACACCGGAGAGUGCCGGUCCUGUCUAGAGAACUCGUCCCGCCCUACCAGCACCAUAUGGGUCAGCAUGAUGGCCCGAGGAGGACAGGGUGUGAAGAAGAGUGCCAUCGGUCAGAGGAUCGUGUCCACGCUGCCGUACAUCAGACAGGAAGUGCCCAUCAUCAUCGUGUUCAGGGCGCUGGGCUUCGUGUCGGACAGAGACAUCCUGGAACACAUCAUCUACGACUUCGAUGACCCCGAGAUGAUGGAGAUGGUGAAGCCGUCUCUAGACGAGGCGUUUGUGAUUCAGGAGCAGAACGUGGCGUUGAACUUUAUCGGCUCCAGAGGAGCAAAACCUGGAGUGACAAAAGAACGAAGAAUCAAAUACGCCAAAGAAGUCCUGCAGAAAGAGAUGCUGCCGCACGUCGGAGUCAGCGACUUCUGCGAGACCAAGAAGGCCUACUUCUUAGGGUACAUGGUCCACAGGUUGCUGCUCGCGGCUCUCGGCAGACGUGAGCUGGACGACAGAGAUCACUAUGGCAACAAGAGGCUGGACCUGGCCGGGCCGCUGUUGGCCUUCCUGUUCAGAGGCAUGUUUAAGAACCUGCUGAAGGAGAUCAGGAUUUACGCCCAGAAGUUCAUCGACAGAGGAAAAGACUUCAAUCUGGAGCUCGCCAUUAAAACCCGAAUCAUCUCAGACGGCCUCAAGUACUCGCUGGCCACCGGGAACUGGGGCGACGUGAAGAAGGCUCACCAGGCCCGAGCGGGCGUGUCCCAGGUGUUGAACCGUCUGACGUUCGCUUCGACUUUGUCCCACCUGCGCCGAGUCAACUCUCCCAUCGGCAGAGACGGCAAACUGGCAAAACCCCGACAGCUGCACAACACACUGUGGGGAAUGGUGUGUCCGGCCGAGACACCCGAGGUACAAACAAACACCUGACAGGACCCCAAAAAUAUCUGA